CAUGGAGGCGGAGCCGCCGCUCUACCCGGUGGCGGGUGCCACGGACCUGCAGGGCAACGAGGACCCGCUGGGGGUCCCCGAUGGACACGAGGCGCCGCUGGACGAGCUGGUGGGCGCGUACCCCAACUACAACGAGGAGGAGGAGGAGCGCCGCUAUUACCGCCGCAAGCGUCUGGGGGUGCUGAAGAAUGUGCUGGCGGCCAGCGCGGGCGGCAUGCUCACCUAUGGCGUCUACCUGGGUCUCCUGCAGAUGCAGCUGAUCCUGCAUUAUGAUGAGACCUACCGCGAGGUCAAGUAUGGCAACAUGGGGCUGCCGGACAUCGACAGUAAGAUGCUCAUGGGCAUUAACGUGACGCCGAUCGCCGCGCUGCUGUACACACCAGUGCUCAUCAGGUUUUUUGGCACCAAGUGGAUGAUGUUCCUGGCUGUGGGCAUCUACGCCCUCUUUGUCUCCACCAACUACUGGGAACGCUACUACACGCUCGUGCCCUCGGCUGUCAUCCUGGGCAUGGCCAUCGUGCCCCUGUGGGCCUCCAUGGGCAAUUACAUCACCAGGAUGGCCCAGAAGUACUACGAGUUCUCCCACUACAAAGAGCAGGAUGAACAGGGGCCUCGGCAGCGCCCCCCACGGGGCUCCCACGCGCCCUACCUUCUGGUUUUCCAAGUCAUCUUCUACGGCUUCUUCCACCUGAGUUUCGCCUGUGCCCAGCUGCCCAUGAUCUACUUCCUGAACUACUACCUGUAUGACCUGAAUCACACCCUGUACAACGUGCAUAGCUGUGGCACUAACACACACGGCAUCCUGAACGGCUUCAACAAAACGGUUCUGCGGACGCUGCCACGGAGCCGGAACCUCAUCGUGGUGGAGAGUGUGCUCAUGGCUAUGGCCUUCCUGGCCAUGCUGCUGGUGCUCAGCCUGUGUGGAGCUGCCUACCGGCCCACGGAGGAAAUCGACCUGCGCAGCGUGGGCUGGGGCAACAUCUUCCAGCUGCCCUUCAAGCACGUGCGGGACUUCCGCCUGCGCCACCUGGUGCCCUUCUUCAUCUACAGUGGCUUCGAAGUGCUCUUUGCCUGCACUGGUCUUGCCCUGGGCUACGGCGUGUGCUCCGUGGGGCUGGAACGCCUGGCGUACCUCCUCGUGGCUUACAGCUGUGGUGCCUCUGCUGCCUCUGUCCUGGGGCUGCUGGGGCUGUGGCUGCCCCGCUCCGUGCCCCUGGUGGCCGGGGCUGUGCUGCACGGUCUGCUCACCCUCAGCCUCUUCUUCUGGGCGCCUACACCUAAGAGCCUGCAACACAGCUGGAUCCUCUAUGUGGUGGCCGCACUCUGGGGUGUGGGCAGUGUCCUCAACAAGACUGGGCUCAGCACCCUCUUGGGAAUACUGUAUGAGGACAAGGAGAGGCAAGAUUUCAUCUUCACCAUCUACCACUGGUGGCAGGCUGUGGCCAUCUUCAUCGUAUACCUGGGCUCCAGUCUGCCCAUGAAGGCCAAGCUGCUGGUGCUGCUGGUGACAUUGGUGUUGGCCGUGACCUCUUACCUGUGGAUGGAGCUGAAGCUGCAGCGCGGGGUGGUCCCACGGCAGCCUCGCAUCCCGCGGCCUCAGCACAAAGUGCAUGGCUAUCGUUACCUGGAGGGUGAUAACUCGGAUGAGAGCGAGGCGGAGGGCGAGGGCAGCGGCGGCACCCAGGGGGACGGCGUGGAGGAAGAGGCACAGUCCUUGGGGCCCCGGCCUGGCUCUGAGCUCACAGGCCUCCACCGCCGGCCCUGCCCCUAUGAACAGGCGCAGGGGGGCGAUGGGCCUGAUGGGCCUGCAGGGUUGUGA